UUGCCCGUAAUGCGAUAAUUUGUGCGACGUUGCUUAACAGGAUACGGGAAUAACAUUGACGAGCCUUUUGAGCAUGAAUCUUUUAACCACGCGAAGAAAUAAUUAAUUAGCAACGUGCGCUAAUGCGUUAACAAAUUUCCCCCCUCCCCCCGUCCUUUCUCCUCCCGCGUUUUUCGCCUCGUCGCUUGUCGGCGCCUCGAUCAUCGCAAUAAUUAAAAAUCUCGCUCAUUAAGGUAGUAACUCGCGACGAGAGAAAAUGACUCCGACCUUGUCGUUAUCCGCAGCGCCAGAAGAAACAAUAAUAUCUUCGGUAUUCACGACCCGCCACACCGCGACGUGCCACCUAUCCCAUGUCGAUCCCGACGUAGUCCAAUACUUCGGCUAUCUACCACAGGAUAUGGUUGGCCGUUCGUUGUUUGACUUCUAUCAUCCCGAGGAUCUACCUUUCAUCAAAGACAUCUAUGAGACUGUGGUCAGGCUCGAAGGCUCCUCCUUCAGGUCGAAGCCGUACAGAUUCGCCGUGCAGAACGGGGGCUGCGUCGUCCUCGAGACCGAGUGGUCGUCCUUUAUCAAUCCCUGGACGAAAAAACUAGAGUUUGUCGUAGGUCAGCAUCGGGUGCUCAAGGGGCCGGUGGACCCGGACAUCUUCCGCGUGCCGCGCGACACCGAGUGCGGCUACCUGGCCAGCAUCAGCGAGGAGGUGCUGAAGGAGGCCAAGAUCAUCCAGGGUGAAAUACGGGCGCUUCUCGACGAGAGCAUCCAAAGAACGUCAGAUAUAACCGAGCUCGAUGUGUCGAAGCGAUGUAAGGAUUUAGCGUCCUUCAUGGAGAAUCUGCUUCAGGAGACAAAAGCACCCGGCGUCGGCAAGGACGGACUGCUCAUGGCGGAUGAACUCAGGAGCUUUUCGGGAUCACGCAAUCCCUUGUUGCAGGAGCACGACAGCGUGAUGCUCGGUGAGAUCUCGCCCCAUCACGAAUACUACGAUAGCAAAUCGUCGACGGAGACGCCGCCGAGUUACAAUCAGCUUAAUUACAACGAGAACAUCGAGCGCUUCUUCAAGAGCAAACCGCCGGUCACCAUGUACGCCAGCGACGAGGAGAACGUUAAUUCCAGCAAUGACGAAGGCGCGAGGAAGUGUAUGUCGCCGAUAAACGGUAGCGGGGCGAGUGGUAGCGGUAGCGCGGAGAAUCUGAGCAGCGGUUCCAACAAUCAGACAAGUUCAGCAAGUCGGGGCAAUGCAUCUAAUACCGCCAGCAACAGCAAUACCACCGCGACAGAAAGCUUCAAGCUGCCCACGCUGACGGAAUCGCUGUUGAAUCGUCACAAUGAGGAUAUGGAGAAGCUGAUGAUGCAGAAGCACCGGGAGCUGCGUUCCAGCAUCAAGAACAGCGAUAAGCUGAAGGAUUCGCGCAUCAAGACGGAAAAAGUCAAUGGUGCGGAUCAGAGCACCCAUUAUCAGAGUCAUGGGGUGAAGAGGAGUGGUAGUCAUAGUUUCAAGGAGGGUGACAGCUUCAAGGCAUCGAAGCACAAUAAAGUCUCGAGGACAGGCACGGUGGAUCCGGCGAACCUCACAACCACUGUCACCAGCAUGAGUCUCGAUCAAUCGACCGUUGUGCAAACGGGAGCGAAUAUUAACCUGUGGCCGCCGUUGUCAGUCACGGUGCCUUCUUCCAUGCCUACUCAAUCUUGCGUUUCACCCCAUAAUACCAAUUUAGAAGCCAUGCCCAGAUUACCGUUGCUCCCGUCGGUGAUACCGGUGUAUUAUGUGCCGGUAUCGCAACUCAGCGAGUCCGCGACGACGAUGUCGCCGCCGCAAGAGAAGUUAGAUCCAUCACCGUCAACGCAAUCAACGCAACAGAGGCCUUACAUGUUUGCUCCAGUUUCCUACGUCGCGACGGCCGGAAUGAUCUAUCCGGCGGUGAUCGCACCUUCACCUCGCGCUAUGAUGUAUCGCCCCUUUUUGAUACCCGAGCAAGCACCUAUGGCGGCGGUGCGCGAGAACCAGCAGCUGUCCAACGACAACUGUCCGGAUCACAAACGACCAGCCAGUCAGGCGACCAGUAUCAAGGCUGAACCGGGAAGUAUAAUGGCUAUGUCCGAGUCUUCCAAGAAGGUUCAAUCUCCCGGUGAGCUGUUCUCGUCGUGCGUAAGCAACGACGGCGGCUGCUCGAGCGUGGUGGAUCUCUUGACGCCGGUAAUCGCGAAGGAGCAUCGUCGGCCAACCGACUACAACGGAGACGAGUCGAGUUCGUCCAGCUUCUACAGCAGCUUUCUGUAUAAAAGUAGUGACAGCAGCUGCAAUCCGGAUCAGAAGACGUGCGAAGUCUCCUCCGAGGAACAUACCAAGUGUUAUCAGGGAAUGCUAUCAAGGAGAGAUCCGCCCUGGCUGGAGGACGUGCAAUUGACGCCAGAAUUGAUUUACGAGUAUCAAAUGCAUCCGAAGACGUUGAACGAAGUGCUGAAAGCUGACAUGGAUGCGAUGAAGAAUUUCAACCAGCCCUUGUUGGUGAAUGACCAGCUGGGACAGCUCUAUUUGGAUUUGGAAGUGGAAGGUAUCGGCACCGAGCUUAUUCUCGAGGAAGGGAUCACGUCGAGCGGAAGCGACAGCGGAAGCAGUAACGGCAGUUGGACGAAAUCACAAAGCAAACAGAGAAGAAGAAUGAUAAAGUACGGCAAGCUAGUGAUGAUUCACGAGGAAAAUGGGCCCGUACCGCCUCCAUUGCCAUCCCAAAGUAUAUCUUGCCAGCAUCGAAAUAUAUCAUAGAAGUUUCCAUCGAUUUGCCACAGAGACACCCGAGAAAUACCCAUUUAGAUAUUUCUCUAGCAUGAUGAUAUUUCUCUCAAACGAGAUCAACAUUGUUUUGUUAGUCUUUAGAUUAGAUCAUAUUUUGUUUCUAUUAUUUAGAUAUGUUUGUCUUUAGAAGCAGAAACCAUCAAAGAUCUUACUCUUUGCAAGGAAAUUUCUAUACUUUUCUAUCGAUCUUUGAUAAAUCUUUUUCGGUUUUUCUUUAAUGAAGCUAUUGCUCAAUUUAAAAAACAUUUAUUUUAUUUGGGAUUGUAUUUAGUAUUAAGAGUUUUUACUUUAAAUUUGUUUACACAUUGAGUUAUAUUGCAUUAGAUGAAUUGAAAGGAUCAAAUUUUAAAAUUAAAUUACUUUUAUUUAUAUCAAAAUAAUUAAACUUCUAAUAAUUUUAUAAAUGCAGAAACUGAAUUUACAAAAUCAGUUUUGCCUGUAUAGCCAAGUUUGAUGAAGCACUGAUGAAAGUCAAGUUCCUCUUCUUAUGCAUAGGAUUGAUCUGCUGGUUUUCAGAUCAAAUUAGAAUUGAUUUUUUGAACCAAUUGAACAUUCUUAUUGACAAAAGAUUACAAACAUGGACCGAGUUGUGUGUGACAACGAAUGAAAUGCACUCAACGAGAGAUAUGUGAAUUUUU